AUGAAGCCCGAUAGAGAGUUCAAAGUUAUAAUCGCCGACGGCGGCGUUGCCGGCCUCGCUCUCGCCAAUACGUUGAGGAUGUUUGGGUUAAACUAUAAUACCCUCUUAGAAUCUCACUCGAAUAUCGCACCCCAAGUAGGUGCCAGCGUCGGUCUAUUUCCUAACGGCCUACGAAUCCUCGACCAGAUAGGAUUCUAUGAGCAGAUUCUCGAGGUAUUCAAAGGUGAUGAUCUCUACGGAAGGUCGUACAUACGAGAUAAGAACGGUAAGACCCUCUCCAGCCUCUAUAAUUUGCUACCGCCAGCCCUGACGGAUGGCGGUGUUAGAGUUACAUGUGCGGACGGCUCGGUAUACGACGGCACUCUUCUCGUCGGUGCUGAUGGUGUCCGCAGCGCUGUCUGGCCCAUUAUGGUUGCCCUUGGCAAUAAGAUACGGCCGGGCUCGUUCGAUCCGAAAGAGCAGGACGAGAUUCCUUGCUUUACAAAUGCAGCUUUGGUAUUAUAUCAAGACUAA